AUGGCGCACGAAACCGGGAGGAGCUCUCGUCUCGGGGGGCCCUGCGGGGAGCCAGCGGAGCUUGGAGGUGAUGCUAGCGAGGAGGACCACCCCCAAGUCUGUGCCAAGUGCUGCGCACAAUUCACUGACCCAACUGAAUUCCUCGCCCACCAGAAUGCAUGUUCUACUGACCCCCCUGUAAUGGUGAUCAUUGGGGGCCAGGAGAACCCCACCAACUCUUCGACCUCUUCUGAACCCCGGGCUGAGGGCCAAAAUAGCCCCCAGGUCAUGGAGGCAGAGCACAGCAACCCUCCGGAGUCUGGGUCCUCGGUGCCCACAGAUGCCACCUGGGGCCCUGAGCGGAGAGUAGAGGAGUCUGCGGGGCACUUCCUGGUCGCUGCCACAGGUACGGCAGCCGGGGGAGAAACGCCCAAGCAGGCUUUCUUCCAUCUUUACCACCCACUGGGGUCACAGCACCCUUUUUCUGCUGGAGGGGUUGGGCGCAGCCACAAACCCACCCCUGCCCCCUCCCCAGCCCUGCCUGGCAGCACAGAUCAGCUGAUCGCCUCACCCCAUCUGGCAUUCCCGGGCACCACGGGACUUUUGGCAGCACAGUGUCUUGGGGCAGCUCGAGGCCUCGAGGCUGCUGCCUCCCCCGGGCUCCUGAAGCCAAAGAAUGGAAGUGGUGAGCUGGGCUAUGGGGAUGUGAUGGGUCCCUUGGAGAAGCCUGGUGGACGGCACAAAUGCCGCUUCUGUGCCAAGGUAUUUGGCAGUGACAGUGCCCUGCAGAUCCAUCUGCGCUCCCACACAGGUGAGAGGCCCUACAAGUGUAAUGUGUGUGGCAACCGCUUUACCACCCGCGGCAACCUCAAAGUGCAUUUUCACCGGCACCGUGAGAAGUACCCGCACGUGCAGAUGAACCCCCACCCAGUGCCAGAGCACCUAGACUAUGUCAUCACCAGCAGUGGCCUGCCCUACGGUAUGUCCGUGCCGCCAGAGAAGGCUGAGGAGGAGGUGGCCAUGCCAGGUGGAGGUGUGGAACGCAAGCCUCUGGUGGCCUCCACUACAGCACUUAGUGCCACAGAGAGCCUGACGCUGCUCUCCACUGGUGCGGGCACAGCCUCGGCUCCCACGCUCCCUGCUUUCAAUAAGUUUGUGCUCAUGAAGGCAGUAGAGCCAAAGAGUAAAGCCGAUGAAAAUACCCCUCCAGGGAGUGAGGGCUCAGCCAUGGCUGGGGUGGCAGAAAGUGGCACAGCAACCCGAAUGCAGCUAAGUAAGCUGGUGACUUCGCUACCCAGCUGGGCGCUGCUUACCAACCACUUCAAGUCCACAGGUAGCUUCCCUUUCCCCUACGUGCUGGAGCCCUUGGGGGCCUCACCCUCUGAGACCUCAAAGCUGCAGCAACUAGUAGAAAAGAUUGACCGGCAGGGAGCUGUGGCCAUGGCAUCUACUGCCUCAGGAACCCCCACCACCUCUGCGCCUGCGACUUCGUCCGCAGCCUCCUCUGGGCCUAACCAGUGUGUCAUCUGCCUCCGGGUGCUGAGCUGUCCACGAGCACUGCGCCUGCAUUAUGGCCAGCAUGGAGGUGAGCGGCCCUUCAAGUGCAAAGUGUGUGGCAGGGCUUUCUCUACCCGGGGCAACCUGCGUGCACAUUUCGUGGGCCACAAGGCCAGUCCGGCCGCCCGGGCCCAGAACUCGUGUCCCAUCUGCCAGAAGAAGUUCACUAAUGCUGUUACUCUGCAGCAGCACGUUCGGAUGCACCUGGGGGGCCAGAUCCCCAAUGGUGGCACCACGCUCUCUGAGGGGGGGGGAGCUGCCCAGGAGAAUGGCUCUGAGCCAUCCACAGUCUCCGCGGUGGGGACUUUCCCCCCGCAGCCUUCCCAGCAGCCGUCCCCAGAAGAGGAGUUGUCGGAAGAGGAGGAAGAGGAUGAGGAAGAGGAAGAAGACGUGACUGAUGAAGAUUCCCUGGCAGGGAGAGGCUCAGAGAGUGGUGGUGAGAAGGCAAUAUCAGUGCGAGGUGAUUCGGAAGAGGCAUCGGGGGCAGAGGAGGAAGUGGGGACAGUGGCGACGGCAGCGGCCACAUCUGGAAAGGAGAUGGAUAGCAGUGAGAAAGUGAUUCAGCAGCCCUCCCUGCCACCGCAGCCACCACCACCUGACAGCCUGGAUCAGACGCAGCCCAUGGAGCAGGGAGGCAGUGAUGUCGAGGGAGGUGGCGUGGAAGAGGGGGGCAAACCAGAGAAGAGCUCGAGCCCGGCCUCCGCACACACCCGGGAAGGGGAGGGUGGCGGCAGCGCCUCAGUGGAGGAGCUGAGCAUGCAGGAAGCGAUGAGAAAGGAGCCUGGAGAGAGCAGUAGCAGAAAGGCCUGCGAGGUGUGUGGGCAGACCUUUCCCGGCCAGGCAGCCCUGGAGGAGCAUCAGAAGACCCACCCAAAGGAGGGGCCGCUCUUCACUUGUGUGUUCUGCAGGCAGAGCUUUCUCGAGCGGGCUGUCCUCAAGAAGCAUAUGCUGCUGGCUCACCACCAGAACCAGUACACAGCUUUCCUGUCAAGUGACCUGCCCACCAAGCCCCGGAGUUCCAGCUCCACCUCCACUACCAGUUUAGGCCUGGCACCACCAGUGCUGUUUGGCCCAGGAACUGUGGCUGGGAACGUGCCUCCAGCAAUGGGAUCCAGAGAGGCCAAAGAGAAGAGAGCCCCCCUCUUCCUGUUUCGGUCUCCUGCAUCCAAGGCAGUGCCUGAGAAGCCCAUCAUAGAAGAAAAGUAGCAAACUGUACAUUUCUUGUUUCCCCUGCUCUGGAAGGUGCCAGCAAUGGAAGAUGAUACAAUAUCUGUAUCUGGUGGCUCAGCCCUAAGGGGUAGGGAGAAAUGAAGAGCAUAUAGGACAUUCUUCCCAGUAAACUCCCAUUUAGGCAAAAGUGUUGGCUGGUCAGCAUGCCAAGACACCUCCAGCUUCUCCUGUUCCUUCAUCAUGGCCUGUCAAGGUUAGGAAACAAGCAGAUGUCUUACCAGCAGGUCUCCCGUGGGAUCUUUUGGGAAAUAGGAACUGUUCAUAUCUUUAACAAGCAUUUUUGGUGAAGGUCAUUGAAGGAAUAAUAAGAGAGUUGAAGAGCAUUGGUAACUCAUAGGGCUUGCUGUGAACAUAUGAGAUUAAGAAAGGGGCAUGAUGUGAGAGAGGGGACCUCAAAUUCUUGAUUGGAUGGGUCUCACGAAUGUUCUUUUGGACUAUUAGUGACUUAGUGUGCAGCAAUCCCCUGGGUCCCCUGGGGAUUUCCUAGCACUAGCGUGCUUCUAGUUUUAGAUAACUCCCUACUUUGUUCCCUGGCCCCUUGUAUUUUCCUUGUCUUCCUUUCUCAAGGCCUGUUUCCUCCCCAUUUUGCCUGUCUAUGGACCAGGGCUUAUGUCUUUGCCACUGUCUGGUUCUUAGAGUCCCAGACCUUGGGAGAUGAGCUCUAGGUGGUGUUCUCCCUGCCUCUCCGUCUUGUAAUGAGAUGUAGUAUUUACUCUUAACAUAGGAUCAUUUGGAACAGGAGUUCUGAGGGGGAGAGAGUGAGGGUUCUGCUAUUGAUUGACUUGAAUGAUGGUUUCUCCUCCAAAGGUAUAGGCUCCAGAGCUUCCUAACAUAGUAAAAUGUGAAGAACAGACAAGGGAGAUAAUAGUGUCUUUCCCUUUUCAUUAAAAGUGUUUUAACCAAA